GCGAAUCAACAGGUACUAGUUGUUGUAGAACCGUCUUCAAUUAUCAACACAAGGCGGAAUAAAAAUAUCCAUUUUUACUUUCAUCAUCAAUUUUUUUAAGAAUGAAAUAUUUUGUAGUGUGUGCAACAAUCCUGGCUUUGGCUAUCGCUCAGCCAGCCAAGCUUGAGGGUUGGAAAAAUACAAAUAUAGAAAGUAUGGUAGAACAAACAAAACUCGAGUGUUCGCAGAAAAAUGACGAAAUGGCCUGCAUGAAGUUCAAAGUUCUAAAUCUUCUAGAUCAAAUCUUUCACAAAGAUAAUUUUAAGGUUUCCGAAACUGUUGAAGUAACCAAAAAUUCAGAAACAGUCGAAGGGUCUGCUCGUGGCAAAGGAUCUUUCAUGGAAACAAUACAAAAUUACCUUGUUUCUCACGACGUAACAUUUAAACUUCCACUUGAAUCUGCUGUCAGAGUAAGCGCCAGAAAUAUUGAUGAUGAUCAAAUUAGCUUUGAUUUCAAAUUUGGUCAAGGUCGUGCCGUAGAAGAAGCACGAAAAUCGAAAUUGAAAAAAGUCAUCAUUCCUAUCCUCGUAUUUGUCUUACUCAAAGCAAUGACUUUGAUUCCUUUGGCUAUUGGUGUCCUUGGGCUUAAAGCUUGGAAUGCACUCCAAUUGUCAUUCUUCAGUUUUGUUAUCUCCGUGGGACUUGCUAUCUUUCAACUGUGCAAAAAAAUUGCUGCCGAUGGUCAUACAGCUCCUCUUGCUGCUCAUGGACCUUGGGAAUAUCAAGCUGCUCAAUACAGAUCACUAGAAAAUAAUGAGCCAAUUACAAAUGCCCAAAACUUGGCUUACUCAAGCUAUACUAAUACUGAUUAAAAUAGUGUAGCAAUUUUCACUUUUUUUUGUUUCAGAAAUGAUUGAAUUUUGCGUGACUCUGAGUAGUUAAUACUCCUGUAAAAUAUUUCUGUCUACGUAUUGUUAUUAUUUAAUAAAUUAUUAUUGCAAAUUA